GGAUAAUAGAUUAUCCAAUUGCCUUGAUCAAACUCAUCUUGUUCCCCAUUCUCCAGGAUAGGGAGAAGUGGAUUUAACCCAAAGCCUUGUCAAAUGUUUUCAAACCAGAUGAAUCAGGACUCCGGAGUUUUACGAAUUACUCAAUUAGUUUGUUCAGGUACCUAGGCUGUAACGCACAAUAUCAAGACUGGCAUUGUCUUUUACAAGUAGUGAUUCAAUGGCGGUGGAUUAUGCUUCUGGGCUGUCAGAUUAUCCACAUAAAGGAAAGUGCGGGGCACCUGAGCUUUUUGACUCCAAAGAGGAACUUGCAAGCAAAAUCAUAGAGCUUUCAAAGUUGAUCAAGGAAUGCAAACAUUUGGUGUUGCAUACUGGAGCAGGAAUCAGUACUUCAUGUGGUAUCCCUGAUUUUCGUGGACCUGAAGGAGUUUGGACAUUGGAAGCCAAGGGAGAGAAACCCAAGUUUGACGUCACAUUUAAAAGUGCUGCUCCAACUUUGACACAUAUGGCAAUGGUGGAACUUGAAAGGGAAGGUUAUUUGAAGUUUGUUGUGAGUCAAAAUGUUGAUGGCUUGCAUUUAAAGUCAGAAUUUCCAAGUGUAAGUUGGCUGAGCUCCACGGUGACAUGUUUGUCCAGAAAUGUGAAAACUGCCAUAGAAAGUAUCUCUUUGGUGAUCCAGUCAAAACUGUUGGUUUAAAACGAACUGGAAAGCAGUGUUUGGGAGGAAGAAGAGGAAAAUGCAGGUUAUUGAACACUUCAAAAUGUUAUUAAGCAUUUACACCCAAAAGCUAGGAUAUAUACAGUAUUUCACUUUGAAACAAUUUUUUGGAACAAUAUCUUUAGAGAGUGAUGGAUCUAGGAUAGGUCAGAUCAGAAUUAAUUGUACAAUUAAAUUUUCAUUUUGCAAAUGCAGUUUUGAGUGUUUCAGUUGUAAAUAUUCUUCUGAAAUUUGUAACCAAGAGCAUUGCUAAAAAAGUCUUUAAAAAUUA